UUUUAGAUUCUGUCAUCUGGUAACACUGCAAGAAACGACACGGCAGCAAAUCAGUUCAUUAAAGUGGAAAUUUUCAGUUAAAAGAUCUUUAUUUCAUAAUGGACAAGGUUGUUAAGUUUGCCGAGCCUGGACGUGUCUUCGCCAAGGACUCGAUUCGUCUGGUGAAGCGCUGCACCAAGCCUGACCGCAAGGAGUUCCAGAAAAUCGCCAUCGCCACCGCCGUGGGCUUCUGCAUCAUGGGCUUUAUCGGAUUCUUCGUGAAGCUGAUACAUAUCCCCAUCAACAACAUCAUCGUGGGCUCCUAAACUCAGCAGGUCGCAAAAUGACCCGAAAGAGCAAUACAAUAAUAAUACAAUGUAAUUUACGGUUCCAGAUGGAACUCUAGGAAAAUAAAAAUCCCUUUUUCGGAUUGUGUA